AUGCCGGCUGAUCUUAAGAUGCAAUAGCAAUCCAAAACAAAGGAUAACUUUGGUAAGCGUGUCAGGCGCCGAAAAACCCGUGAUGAGACAGAUAGCGCAACUCCGGGAUCAACUGAAACGAAUCAGCUUAACGAACCGGACGAAACGAAUGCGACAAAAGGGGAUCCGAAGAAACUGGUUUUGUUCUGCAUCGACCCGAAAGAACAAGCUGAGACUGGUGGAACGGAGGAUCAGGCUCAGAGUUCANCGAUGGAUGAUAGUGAAGUUGAUCAAAAUAACUCCAAUGCUACGCGACCCAUGCUACCUGCACCGCAGAUAACGGUCAAUCCACCUUCCCAUCAAGGUUCACCGGAGACCAGUCGACGCCAGCCGCGUGUUUAG